AUGAGGGGUCUUACGCUCUUGUCGCUCGCUGUUUUCCUCGGGGUCUGUAGCGCCCUAACUUUGCCCCACUCGGUUGUCCAUCCGCGGGAUCUGGAGAUCAAGGAUGGAAGGAGCAUCGAGGGUAGGAUCACCAAUGGAAAUCAGGCGACCGAGGGUCAGGUGCCCUAUAUCGUGGGAAUCAGCCUGAAUAGCAAUGGAAACUGGUGGUGGUGUGGAGGAUCCAUUAUUGGCAACACUUGGGUUCUGACUGCCGCCCAUUGUACCGCUGGUGCCGAUGAAGCUUCCCUGUACUACGGUGCCAUUAACUACAACGAACCUGCCUUCCGUCACACCGUCAGCAAGGAUAACUUCAUCAGGUAUCCCCAUUACGUGGGACUUGAUCACGAUUUGGCUUUGAUCAGAACUCCCCAUGUGGAUUUCUACAGUCUGGUCAACAAGAUCGAGCUGCCCAGUUUGGAUGAUCGCUAUAAUUCCUAUGAGAACAGCUGGGUUCAGGCCUCCGGAUGGGGAGCCAUUUACGAUGGCAGCAAUGUGGUGGAGGAUCUGCGAGUUGUGGACCUGAAGGUGAUCUCUGUGUCGGAGUGCCAGGCCUACUAUGGAACCGAAACCGCCUCCGAGAACACCAUCUGUGUGGAAACUCCAGACGGAAAGGCCACCUGCCAGGGUGACUCCGGUGGUCCUCUGGUCACCAAGGAAGGUGACAAGCUCAUUGGAAUCACCUCGUUUGUCUCCGAUUACGGCUGCCAGGUUGGUGGUCCGGCUGGCUUCACUAGGGUCACCAAGUACCUGGAAUGGAUCAAGGAGGAGACCGGCAUUUACUAUUAAAAUUACAAUUUUCUCUUCUAUC